GUGUUCUGCUGAAGGUGGUGCAGUUACGCGCCCAGCAGAGCCCGAGCGACGUCGAUCGCAAUGCCGCAUGCAGAGCGUCAACGGAACAGCGCGACGAGGCUUUUCGGGCCGCACAGCGCAGCAUCAAAGAUUGCAGGCAGACGGCGCGAAGCUGCGCGCUGGUGCAGGUAUGUGUUCUCGUCCUGUACGGGACGGCUCACGUCCGCUGCGACAUAUCGAAGGGACUUCUUUAGUGGCUUUUCCGUGAGCGGAGCCCUGCAUGGUUAACGGACAGAGAACCCGAACCCGCACGGCAGCUGAUUAUUGGCGUCGCUGGUGGCUUCACAUGCCAGCUGGUUUUCAUCGUGCAGACGGCGCAAGGGCCCAGAUCGGAGCUCGAGAGCUCGGCCUGGGGAUCUUCAGCUGGGGCGCGUCGCGCAGAAUGGCACUUCGCUGAAAGGGAGAGUUCGCCGCUGAUGGUUCACAUAUGAAUGUGACGUGUUCACUCAACUCGUCCUGCGGCGCAACAUUGCAAGUUCGUUCAAAAGCGUCUCGUUCCAGAAGCGUCGGUUCGUUCAGGUCCCAGUGAGCUUUGAUUGCAGUUGACGACACCAUGGAAGACACGAGCAAGGCGGACGGUAUUGCGACGGAGGAAGGCUGGCACACUACGAGCGACGGGCACAAACUGUACACCAAGAAAUGGCUGACGCCGGAAGCGCCAAAGGCAAUCCUCGUCUUCAUCCACGGCUUCUCUGACCACUGCAACGCAUACGGUAUCCUGUUUCCUCGCUUCGCCGCAAGAGGCAUCGAGGUGCACUCCUUCGAUCAGCGCGGCUGGGGCCGCUCCGUGCACAAGGCUAGCGAGAAAGGACUUACAGGACCAACCUCGCAAGUAUUGGACGAUAUCACGUCCUUCAUCAAGCCCUUGUUGCCCCCUAAGCCUGACGUUCCUCUCUUCGUCAUGGGCCACAGCAUGGGUGGUGCGGAGGUCCUCACGUACAUGGCUCAGGGUCCUGAGAGCGUCAAGAAGUACGUGAGGGGCUGGCUGCUAGAGAGCCCUUUUGUGGCCUUCAAUCCAGCGAGCAAGCCCAGUCCUAUCGUCGUCGUGUUGGGUAGGCUGGCAGGCAAGCUGUUCCCGCACAUGCAGAUGGUUCAGAAGCUCGACCCGGCCCUUCUUUGCAGGGACGUGCAGGUGCAAAAGGACUUUGUAGCUGAUAAGCUAUGUCACGAUACUGGCACUUUAGAGGGCCUGGCGGCCAUGCUUGACAGGGCUGCAGGGCUAGACGGAGGCCAUAUCAAGAUUCCGAAGGACGCAGGGGAAGACGGGACGACGAGGGUAUGGUUGAGCCAUGGGACGAAAGACGGAGUGUGCGACUUCCACGGCAGUGAAAGGCUGUAUAAGAGGUGGGACUAUAUCAUGGACAAGGAGUUGGUCGAGCUUGACGGAUGGCUUCAUAAGUUACACGCCGAGCCCAGUCCGGAUAAGGAAGAGUAUGCAAAGCGAGCUGCUGACUGGAUCUUGAACCGUGCAGGAUCGCUAGACAGCCUGGUGAGAGCCAAACUAUGACCUCGUACUGUUUUGAUGUUGUUCUGAAACUUCUUCCGCUGCAGAAAUCUCGUGGCUAUUGAUCCGUCCUUGAGUUGCGUUGAGUUUGCUUCACGAACAGCCCCCCCACGCUCUUCUUCCACAUCUAAACCACAGCGUUUGGCUCCUAUUGCAUGCCGGCUGAAAAUCUAGGGUACCAGCCUUAUGAAUGAAUGAAUGGAUAAACGAUGUCAACAGGAAAACAGUGAAGCGUAAUUCUUGAGGAAAUAUAGGAACGCGAUAAAUUUCCACAUUGUGUAAAGUGAACACAUUUGCCAAGUUUCUUUUCUCCGGCUAUGGGGGCUAUCGUAGUACAAGUUGAAGCCAUUCAAUUACAUCCUCGGGUUGACGGCUU